AGACGGACGUGACCGAUCCAGACCGCACAACACAACACAACACAACACAACACAACAGAGACAAGCCUCGUAGACCCGCAGGCCCGCAAGCCCAAGCGGACGAAUGGAACGGAGCAGAGUUCGAGAAUGGAGCAGGGAGAUUUCGAUUCGGCGCACCCGCCAGUCCCUGUCCCCGGAUUUCAGAUGUCUGUUUGAGGAAAUCAUCGCCGAAGCGUUGUUGUUGUCGUUGUCGUUGUUGUUGUUAUUUCCCGCCGAUGUUCAGCCAGGUCGGAACCGGCGAGGAAGCAUCGUGGCAGAUGGGUGGAUGGGCAUGGCCUCGCAUGGACGGGACGGUAUGCAGGUGGGAUGUAGCAGCAGCACGUGGGAAGAAGAAAAGGGCACGGGUUUUCGCCUUUGGACUGCUUGGGGCGAACGAUGGUGGAUGUGUUCGUUCGGCACGCUCCGGGCCUUAUCCUCCGGGUCAUCAUGUGAUGGUCGGUGUGGAAGGGGUUUCGGCUAAUUGCACCUCUGUUUCUCUGUCAUGUUCUAUGCGGUUGACAAAUCUUCCCAUGGUGGAUAAGGUGGAAGACUCCAGAACGCACAUGCGCGGAGUGAAGCGGUGACUGAGACCCCGACGGGCGGAUGGAACGUGACGGCGUUCACGGUCCACAUGUUCCGUCGCCAAUGGCCGCCAAUGGCCGCCAAUGCCCUCCUUCUGUCAAGGAACUCGGCUCCCAGGG